UGGAGAGAGCGAGAAGACACAUCGAGGGAGGGGAAAAGGUCAGGGACACGGGGGGGUUUAUCGCGCUGCCAGAAAUAAGGAGAGUGUCUACACAAACGCAGUGGCAGUCCAAACCGCGCAGACGAGACUGAAUAAACCCACACGCCCGUCACCACCAUAACGAGAACUCCUGUGGACUACUGUGGAUUAUACACAUUUACAACCACCCAAAGACACAUAUUCAGACUGUCCGGACUGAAGACUGAGAAGUUUGACCCGUGCGUAAUUUGGAGAAAGUACAUUGCCACACUGCAUCAGGAUGCGCGCCUGUCCUCUGCUUGUCUUGUUCAGUUUGGUGUGCGCUGGAAGCUCUCAGAAGUUCUCAGCCCUCACGUUCUUGCGGGUGGACCAGGAUAAGGAGUGUAACAUGGACUGCAACGGCGCUUCCCGGAAGUCCCUGUGCGCCUCCGAUGGACGAACAUUCACGUCUCGCUGCGAGUUUCUCCGAGCCAAGUGCCGUGACCCUCAGCUGGAGGUCAUCCGCGGGCCAUGCAAAGAUACGUCCAGAUGUGUGGCAGAGAAGAAGUACACUGAACAGCAGGCCAAGAAGAUGUUCCCCCAAGUCUUUGUGCCUGUGUGCAACCCUGAUGGCACAUACAGUGAGGUUCAGUGCCACAGCUACACUGGAUACUGCUGGUGUGUGACUCCUAACGGUCGACCGAUCAGUGGCUCAGCUGUGGCCAAUAAGAAACCCAGAUGUCAAGGAUCAAAGCAGGAGAGGGCGACCACGAGAGAGCCGGGCAAAGCAGAUGAGACUGGCCUAGUCGUGGAUCCUCAGCCCUCCACAGAUGAAGAAGACAUCACUUCUCAGUACCCCACACUCUGGACGGAGCAGGUCCGCAGCCGGCAGAACAACAGGACCAGAGCACCAUCCUCGUCAUGUGACCAGGAGCAGCAGUCUGCACAGGAGGAGGCUCGACAGCACAAAAACGACGCUGUGUUUGUCCCAGACUGUGCUCAGGCAGGACUGUACAAACCAGUGCAGUGUCACCCCUCCACAGGAUACUGCUGGUGUGUGCUGGUGGACACGGGGCGACCCAUACCAGGGACAUCCACCAGAUAUGAGCAGCCAAAAUGUGACAUUAACGCCAGAGCACAUCCAACCAAACCCAAAGACCACUACAGGAGCAGGCACCUCCAAGGAUGUCCCGGAGCAAAGAAAACCGAGUUCCUGACGAGUGUUCUGGAUGCACUGUCCACAGACAUGGUCCACGCUGUGACCGACCCUGCGUCUGCCGGAAGAAUGGCAGAGCCGGACCCAAACCACACCCUGGAGGAGCGGGUGGUGCACUGGUAUUUCAGUCAGCUCGACAAAAACUCCAGCGGCGACAUCGGCAAAAAGGAGAUCAAACCAUUCAAACGGUUUCUGCGCAAAAAGUCCAAACCCAAAAAGUGCGUCAAGAAGUUUGUGGAAUACUGCGACAUCAGCAACGAUAAGGCCCUCUCCCUGCAGGAGCUGAUGGGCUGCCUGGGCGUUACCAAGGAUGACGCGGCCAAAACAGGCGACGGCUUGCCCUCCAGUAAACUAAAUCCUUUGAGAAAACAAGGCUGAACCGCUGUGACUGCCUCCUGUGUGGAGAUUGUGCCCACGCCAAUCGGCAACAAUGGAAACCAUAGUAUUUGCACUUUGUACUUUAAAAGAAAUGUAAAUUCACUUUGUAGAAUAAGGUAUUUAAACAGACUGCUGAAUCUGUGAAUGAUGUAGUUAGCUUUUUAUGUCCUGACAAAUUAUUUAACACAUACAAUGUAUGUGUCUUUGUGUUUCUAAAAGUAUUCUUGUACAAGUUGUUGAUGUUUGCUGUAUUUUGCCCUGUAUUUUCCUGUUGAUGUUGAUGUAGUUUUUGCUCCACAGAUAAUAAUGUACUGACCUAUAGCAUCUCCCUGUGCUUUGUACAGCAGUUUACAACUCCUUUAA